AUGGAUUCCCAUAUUUCUAAAGAAAAGCUGAGAAGUAAGAUUGUAACAGAUCGUUUCGGAAGAAAAACAUUAAAUCUGUCAGAGUGGGAUUUGCUUGAAUUGCCUGAAGCGGUGCAGGAAUUAACUGAGUUGGACAAACUUGACCUGUCAGGGAAUAAACUUAAAACAAUACCUGAAAAUGUUGGAAAACUAAAUAAUAUUACGGUACUUGAUGUAAGCGGAAACCAGCUGUCCAUAUUCCCAGCAAGUUUGACACAGCUGAAGAAACUCGAAGUGCUGAACAUCUCACGUAACAAACUAACCACCAUCUCUGAUGCUAUUGGUGAGAUGGUGGAACUGUGGGGACUGGAUCUGAGUUACAACCAGUUGACUGUGUUGAGUCCAGCUAUAAAACAGCUGAAGAAACUCAAAUGGCUGGACAUCUCACAUAACAAACUAACCACCAUCUCUGAUGCUAUUGGUGAGAUGGUGGCACUGGAGGGACUGGAUCUGAGUUACAACCAGUUGACUGUGUUGAGUCCAGCUAUAAAACAGCUGAAGAAACUCAAAUGGCUGUACAUCUCACAUAACAAACUAACCACCAUCUCUGAUGCUAUUGGUGAGAUGGUGGCACUGGAGGGACUGGAUCUGAGUUACAACCAGUUGACUGUGUUGAGUCCAGCUAUAACACAGCUGAAGAAACUCAAAUGGCUGUACAUCUCACAUAACAAACUAACCACCAUCUCUGAUGCUAUUGGUGAGAUGGUGGCACUGUGGGAACUGGAUCUGAGUUACAACCAGUUGACUGUGUUAAAUCCAGCCAUAAAACAGCUGAAGAAACUCAAAUCGUUGUUUGUAAAUGGGAAUCCUUUUACAGUUGAAGGAAUGAGAAGUGUUGCGGAGCUAGAAGAUAGAGGAAUAAUUGACCGAGUAUAUUCAGAUCUCCAAGAUAGACUUGAAGCACAGCUGGCUUAUGAAAGGGCUUUGAAAGAUGGAUAUGUCACGGUUAACCGCGGUAGAAUAUUACUCAUUGGUCAGGACCGAGCUGGUAAAACCAGUUUAAAGAAGAGUCUCCUAGGCCUUCCAUUUGACUCUGAAGAACAGAGCACUGAGGGGAUUGAAGUGGAUCCUUCAAAGUGUAAAAUUGAUGUUGACCAAGCUGCAAGCAACUGGCAGUCCAUUGGUGAGAAUAAGCCAGGACUGUUGGAAUGUUCUGAAGAUGUGGCAAAGAUUAUGGUAGAGAAAACUUUUAGACCAGAUCAUUCAGUUAGAAAAAUGUAUAUGCAGUUAGAAGAUCUUGAUGAAGAAGACAAAGAUGAAAGUUCAGAUAAAGAUUUUGAAAAAGAUUCAGCCUACAUUUCACCUGUAGAUUUUGAAGAGGGAUCUUUUGAUGGUUACAAAUAUGGCAGAAAAAAGGUUGAGGAUACAGGAGGUUACCAGUCAGUGGAUGGUUUCCAUAACAGUGGCAUUGAACACUCAGAGGACUGCAUCUUAGAUGAGCCCCAGGUAAUUAUUGAUGUUACUCAACCCCCUGAUACUGUGAAGCAUGUUCAUCAGUGGUUGAAGUAUAUCAAAGGCAAACGCAUCAAAAGUGGCGUAUUUAAAGAAGAAUCCUAUGUUUCAAUGGAUAUGUGGGACUUUGCAGGGCAACACCUGUACUAUGCCAGCCAUCCUAUUUUCUUAUCACGACGAGCACUAUACAUAUUGGUGCACAAUCUCAGCAAGCCUUUGGAUGCCACAGCUGAGCCCUGCAUGAGACAAGGGAGUAACGAUGUGAAAUUGGACAACCCUAACAAUGCAACAAACAUGGAGAAUUUGCUGUCAUGGCUGGCAACAGUACACGGUGUUGCCCUGGCAACUGAUGACCCAGAUGAUGAUGCACAACAUAAGCUGCCCUACCUCCGCCCCCCAGUGUUUAUUGUUGGAACACAUGCUGACAAACCAGUUGAAGACAUAGAAGUAAUAAAGAAACAAAUACAGGAGAGAAUUUCUGGUAUGGAAUAUGAGAAGCAUGUGGUCAGACCCUUAUUCUGCAUUGAUAACACUGAGAGACCAAACUUGAUUAAGGAAUUUAUCCAGAAGUUUCAAAAGCAGAUAGGAAAACAUAAAACAGGCAAGGAAGAAGGAAAAGCAGAUGGAAUAAAAGAAUUGCAGAACAAAAUUCUGGAGGUGUUGAGGCAGGAGCCUUAUAUGGGGGAGAAAAUACCAGUCAGAUGGUUUUUGUUUGAAAAGGUGAUUGAAGCUUUGGUGGCUAAACAGAUUUAUCACAGAAACCUGCAACAACUUAAGCACUAUGCAAGGAAACAUUGUUUCAUGAAAGAUGCAAAAGAGUUUGAGUCCAUGAUCAGUUUUUACCAUGGUCUUGGGAUGAUAAUCAAGCACCGCAGUACAGUUGUACUGAAGGCUCAGUGGUUGAUUGAUCUGUUCAAACAGCUGAUAACCAUUCCACCUUUCAAUAAACAGACUCCUUUAUUUGCUAAGUACUGGCAGGAACUUGAAGCAAGUGGCAUCCUUAGCAUGGAACAUGUUGAUCAUGUGUUCUCCAGCUUUAUUACGGGAGGAAUCGUUAAGGCAGACAUCCUUGACAUGAUGGAGCGAUUUGGUUUGAUCGCUAAGUUCUCAGCUUCCCCAACUGACGAGAAGUACUUUGUACCAGCUCAGUUGAAGUCAUCGCCUGUAGAACUCUGUAACAUGGAAUUAUCAUUAACUGACCCUUGUCCAUUGUAUCUCCUCUUUGUCCAUGGCUUUGUCCCUCAUGGUCUUUUCUUGCAGCUUGUCUCCCGAUGCAUUCGUUGGUGUUCAGAGACAUGGGCCACGCAUCAACCCACCCUGUACCAAAAUGGAGCAUGGUUCAUUAUUGGGAAAGAUAUUCAUGAUUUUGUCCUCAUAUGCAAAACAGGAUUUGUGAAGGUAACCUUGAGACAAAGAAAAGCACAAAGUGAUCAGGUUGAAGGACAGAACUCCGUCGAACUAGCGACUCUUGUUCGUGAAUUUCUUGAAGACACCCUAAAGAAUUUGUCACAAGAAAUGCCAUACCUGAGAGGAAUGAAGUAUAGGCUGUGUGUUGCAUGUCCUUACUGUCAUCAAGGGGCAGAAGAAACACGUCGUGCAUGCUCAGACCAAGUGAAAACCACUUGUACACACAAGGACUGCUUCCACCUCAUUGAUGCAAAUGAAGGUCGACCAGACAUCUGUAAGCGAAAACCUUGCAAUAAGGUAGCACCAGUUUGUGGAUUAAAGAAAUGGUUCUUGAAAAGAAGAAGCCAGGGUUUGUCCUCUUCAAAUGUAGCUGCUAGAUCACAUGAUGAAGCAAGUGAAAUCAAUCCAAUGAAGUCUGCCACAGCAUUGAAGGUGACUCUCCUGGGCAGUGAGUGGAGUUCGUCAAUGGGAGGCUUGUCCACCAUCAACAGACAGCUUGCCAUUCUGUUGGCCAAACACUCUGAAGUGGACGUCACUCUCCUUGUCCCACAGUCUGCCUGUUCUGAAGAAGAGAAGAGGAUGGCAUCAAGUCACAAUGUUUCCAUCCAGGAAGCCAAGAAACUUGCAGGCUUCAGUGAUCCUCUUGAAUGGUUGAGUUUCCCACCAAGAGACCUUGUCAUUGACUUUGUGCUGGGUCAUGGUGCAAAGCUUGGUAAGCAAGCCCAAGUUAUCAGAAAGUCUCACAGUUGCAAGUGGAUUCAGGUGGUGCACACUGCACCCGAAGAACUAGGAAUGUACAAAAACUAUCCCAUGGCCAUUUCCAAAGGUGAUGAUAAGAGUACAACUGAAGUGGAGUUGUGUCAGUUGGCAGAUGCUGUGGUAGCAGUUGGACCAAAGUUGACGAAGGCUUACUCUUCCCACCUGCGCUCAUGCGAGAAGCACCAAGAUAUAAUUCAACUGACGCCAAGCACGUUCAAAGAGUUUUCCGACGUAAAACAAGCUGCAGUUGACGUGGACAUCUUUAAGGUUCUAACGUUUGGCCGUGGUGACCCAGAGGACUUCAGCUUGAAGGGCUACGAUAUCUCUGCUAGAGCAAUAGUUGAACUGAAAGACAGGUCGUACCAUCUGAUUUUCGUGGGUGCACCUGACGGUAAACAGGAUGAGGUUGCAAAGAAUCUACUCAAGAGUGGAAUUGAUAAAAAGCAGCUGAUCGUGAGGAAGUUCGUGCAAAAAAAAGAGGGAUUGAAAAAAUUAUUUUGUGAAGUUGACAUCUGCAUCAUGCCCUCCAGAACAGAGGGGUUUGGUUUGACGGCCUUAGAAGCGUUGUCUGCUGGUCUUCCCAUUCUUGUCAGUGGCAACUCAGGAUUUGGUGAAGCACUGUGCACUGUACCAUCAGGCAAAUCAUUCGUGGUGGAGUCUGAGGACCCUGAGGAGUGGGCAAAGGCAAUUGCUGGUGUCCGACAGAAGGAAAGAUCAGAUCGACUUCAAGAUAUUCAACAACUGAGGAGUUCAUAUGAAGAGAAGUUUAGCUGGGAGAAACAGUGUGACAGUCUUGUGGAGAAGAUGUGGGACAUAGUUCAUGCUUCUAAAAGACGAGACACAAGUUUCAGAGCUCGGCAGGCCGAAGUUAUUGACACGUCAACUAAACAACCAACAGUUGAUUCAUUACUGACUCCAAGUUCUCUUGACCGAAUCAUCCAGGAACUUCAGCAGAUGCAACUGGAUGCAAGCAAAUUCAAGAGCAGAACAGAUCUAUCAUUGGGGCUUCAGAAUAUUGCAUCAGACAGGGGCUUCAGAAUAUCUGAUAAUCAAGGAUCAGGAAAUUGCAUGUUCUAUGCCUUGUCCGAACAACUGGAAAUUGUUAAGGGAAUCAAAAUCCCACAUGGCAAAUUAAGACAAACCUUGGUUCAGUACCUCAGGAGUAACCCAAAACUUCCGGAUGGAACAGAUCUGUUUGACUUUGUCCAUGGACAUCAAACAUGGACUGAAUACCUAGUACACAUGGAACAAGAUGGCGCUUGGGGUGAUCACGUGAUUCUGUGUGCUGCAGCAAACUGCUUUGAAACGUGCAUUCGUGUGGUCAGCAGUCUAUCCCAUAGCCAUGAUGUAAUCAUUACGCCACAUUUUUCAGUUGACGAAAGCAAACCUCUUGUGCUGGGACAUAUUCAUGAGGUGCACUAUGUCAGCCUUCAACCCGUGCAAGGUUAAAGUGGCAGGCUCCCACGGUCACUUUGAUCGGCCCUUGUGAAGAGCCCGGCCUAAUAGAAUGACUUCAUAGGCAUAGAGACUAUUGAUACAAAUUGGAGAACUAGAGCUUUCUUCCGUCGAUUUUUCCAAUGUGAACUUUAAAAUCUUAGAUUUAAUUAGAGUUUCCAACAAUUUUUUCAACAGAAUAAGAACAAUAAUAAGGCCCUGUAAUUAAAAUUUUAUUUCUUGUAACAA